AUGGCGACCAUCAGCAGCGACACACUGAUGUUUCUUUCGGAUUCGGGAAACGAACAUUGCUACUCCACUGCUGAACUUGAAGCAAUCGAGAAAUUCAAUAGUUUAUUCGAAAAAAUUGUGGCUCUUCCUAGUAAUAAUUCUUUCUUCACUUUGAACUCUACACCAUCUCAUUCGAAAGUACCAAUACUUGAGGAAGGACCAUUACUUGAGGGAGAAUGUUAUACACCUUCAUUCCAUGAUUUGGGACAUAGUUCGGAAGAAAAACAGAUGACAGAAGGAAAUGGAAUUUGUACACAAAGAGAAAAUCAUAGUGAAUUCAAAACAAGGAAUACAAAAAAUUCAAAUAUAUUUGCAGAGAAUCCGGAAGUUAUACAUGAACAUGAAAUCUUGAAUUUACAAAAGCUCUCUCAUUCUUCGAAGAAAUAUCAAGAGGACACUGAUUCAGAAUUACUAGUACCUAAACUCAUACGUCCACCAUUUUCAUCCCGUACAAACCAUAAAAAUUUAAUUAAUACUAAAAAAGAAGAAAGGUUUAGUACAAAAAAAAGACAUAUGAAGAAACUCUCAAAAUUAACGGCAUACAUCGACGACGACAAAGGUAUUCCUGAUGAGAAAAUAAUAAAUAUUUGCGUAAAACAGAAAGGAACCCAUAGAAAAGAUUCGGAAGAAUUAUUCCUGAGGGAAAUUUCAGAUAUUUGUGAAUCAAUCAACAAAUAUCCGUCUUCCAACUUCAUUGACAAAAAUUCAUGUUGCUUGAAGUGUAGGUCGGCACCACAUCUUCCGGACAAAAAAGAUGUGGAGAUAAAUCCGAGAUGUUCAUCAUCGCUGAUGACUUUUGGGUGUCCUGAGGAUCCUGAAGAGACGAAGAAGGCUAUAAAUGAGAUAUUGAGUAAUUUGAAAGAUAAAGUUGAGGAGCUUAAUAGUUGUAGAUGUAAAGAAAUUCAAUCAAACCACGGAUUGAUGGAGAGAAUAAAUCACAAUACACCUCAUCUGAAAACUGAAUGUAAGGAAAAAAACAUGGCUAUAUCGAAAAAUAGAGCACUAAGAGAACAAAAAAUACGCAUUGAUGACGCCAAAAAAAGAGAAAGAGACAAAAAACUGCAGGACCUACUGGAUACUAUAACUAAGAAGAAUAAAUGCUUUUGUUUGGAAGGUGAUAUUAUAUUCGACAAAAGUAGCUUGUUUGCUCAAUCAUCUGAUGAUAUUAUGUGUGAAAAUAGUGACAUAAAUUUUGAAGAACUUGAUCGAAAAUAUUCGGAUAUUAACAUAAGUAGAAAAUCCUCCAGAAGGGUAAGUUUUUUCGAUGAAAUUUCACAAACAGAUCCCACGAGCAUUCAAAAAGAUGUUGAGUCAGAUGAAUUAGAUGUGCCUGAAUUCCAUAGAGGAAAGUCUAAUGCUUCAAUGAAUACAUCAGAUUCCUCGCCAUUGAUAUCAAAAGAAGGAGUAUCAGUGGAUUCUGAAGAAUCUUAUACUCCAUCGAUAGAUGAAAUACAUCCAUCUAUUUAUGGAGUGUUUUCUUCUGAUGACAUAUCAGAGAAAAGGACUUCAAAAGAUAAACCAUUAGAAAAAAAUAUAGGAGAUACCAUGAAAAAAGGAAUCACUGUAGAUGCAGAUAAUAUCAAUUCCUUUUUGGAAUCUGAGGAUUCUUCUGAUUCCGAUAAGAAAUCUAAAAAUGAAAUAGAGUCGAAAUCUUCUACACUUAAAAUUGAGGAAAAUAAAAGUGAUUCAGCCGAUCAUAAACUAAAACAAGAAGAAAAAGAAUCAAAAGACAUGGCCUCUAAGCCUGGCAGCAAAGAUUCCGAGUCCGAUGGAACCCGAGAAAAGAAACAGAAAAAAUUAGACGUUAAAUCAAAAUCUAAUUUUCCUAAAACUAAGGAAGAAAUAGCUGACUCAGCAGAUCAUAAACAGAAGCAAGAAGAAAAAAGUUCUACAAGUCCACAAGACAAUGCAUCCAAACCUAAAAGUAAAGAUUCCAAAUCUGAUGGAACCCAGAAAAAGGAACAGAAAAAAUUAGACGAUAAAUCAAAAUCUUCUAUACCUAAAACUAAGGAAGGUGUAGGUGACUCAGCAGAUCAUAAACAAAAGCAAGAAGAAAAAGGUUCAACAGGUUCUCAAGACAAUGCAUCCAAACCUGAAAGUAAAUAUUCUAAAUCCGAUGGAACCCAGAAAAUAGAACAGAAACAAUUAGACGAUAAAUCAAAAUCUGCUACACCUAAAACUAAGGAAGGUGUAGGUGACUCAACAGAUCAUAAACAAAAGCAAGAAGAAAAAGGUUCUAUAGGUCUUCAAGACAAUGCAUCCAAACCUGAAAGUAAAGAUUCCAAAUCCGAUGAAACCCAAAGAAAAGAACAGAAAGUAUUUGAGGAUAAAUCAAAAUCACCUAAAAAAAAGGACGAAAAAGGUGAAUCCGCAGAUAAUAAAAAAGAGGAGAUCCUGAAGAAUGUACAAGAAAAUGCUACCAAACCAGCCAGUACAGGUUCGAAGUUGGAUGAAAGACAAAAAAAAUCAGAUUCCGGAAAAAAUAUAAAGGAAAUAUCUGAGAGUAAAGAUUCUAAAUUUGUAGACUCCCAAAAAAUAUCUGAUUCUGCUAAAAUGAUGAAAGAAAUAUCUGAAGAAAAUUCUUCAAGAAAGGAGCAAAAGGAAUUUUAUGACAAAUCAAAAUCUUCUACUCCUAAAAUAAACGAGAAAAAAGCUGAUUCCACAAGUCGCAAAUCCCUUCAUGAAGAUAAUGGUUCGAAAAAUUUACCCAAAAUUGCCAAGGAUUCUAAAAGUAAAGAAAUCCGAGAUGAUGCGAAAAAUGAAAUACAAUCUGAAAUAAGAGGCAACGAAGAGCUUAUAAAAAACAAAAAUAUGAUAAGUGAUCCAACUAAAUCAAGAGAUCCCUCCCUAAAAGAUCAGAAAUUAGACAGAUCUACUAUACAAGAUAAGAAUACAUCUGAAGUAAAGGUUCAAAAGCAACCUGAUGAUAAAUCAUUGCCAGGAGCCGACAAAAACAAAAUGAAAGAAAAUGAUAGAUACUUUUCUUUAGUGAAAGAAGAAGCAUUUCAGAAAAAGGCGGCAGAUAAAGGUGAUUUGAUAAAAAGAGAAGAAGAUAGAAAGAAAGUGGACAAAUUACAAGAAAAGAUAGAAGUAGAUGAAACAGUAGAAAAAUUUCGACCUGAAGAUGAAAAAGAAAAGCGUAAAGAAAAUAUAGGGGAAGAUAAAAGAAAAUCAUCGAAAGAACGCUCAGUAAAAGAUAUUUCAGACAAGACAAAAAGAAUGAAAUACGGAGAUGGUGGUGAAAAUUAUAUGAAGAAAACUAAAAAUGCAGAAAUUGAAUAUGGAAAAAGAACAGAAAAUAUUGAAAAACCCACUGAAAUUAAUAUUGAAGAUCUUUUCGAGGAAACUAAAAAGGGGGGAGAAAAAAAGGUGGGAGAGGGUGGAAGGAUGCGGAAUGAAGAGGCAAAAACGUCAUUGAGAAAAAAACCAGAACCUGAGCCCAAAAGACAGACAAACAAAAAUAUACCUAAAAGUGAUGAUCAAUCAAAGCAAAGGAGAAAAGAAGAAAGCAGAAGUGUGCAUCAUAAAACGGAAAUAAAUUCUAAAGAACGCGCUGACGGUGUUACUGAAACGAAAUUAACCGAAGUUAGAAGAGACUCAAGAGAUAAUUAUAAAGAUUUUGGAAAAGAACCGGCAAAACGAAGACCAUCCACCACUGAUAAAUCGAAAGAUAAAUCGGAUAAAUUUAGCAAGCUGCGAAGUGGCUCCGAUGGUAAAUUUCGAGAUAAAAAAUUCCCAGAAAAAGCAAGUAUUUCGGAAUCCGCAAAAUCUAAAUUUGCUGAUACUACUUUUGAUCAAUUCUCUGAAAAUCGGAAGAAAACGAGUAUCGUAAAACAAAUGGAAAAUCUUAAUAGGGAGAUUUCGUGUGAGUCACUCGAUUCAAAAUUUGGUCUUGGUUAUCUCCUCGAAGGUAAACAAACUGAAUGUAGUGAUGAGAAUCUAGCAGACGUAAAUGAGGGUGAAACUGAAAAUCAACUUAUAAAACCUACACAGAGCAAAAAUGUGAAAAAUAUAGAUGAUAUGAAACAAUCGAAUGAGAUAAAACAAUUUCCACAAGAAGAAAUUAAAAAUACAGAAUUUUCACCUCGGCUCGAUACAAAAACAGAAAUAUCGAAAAAUUCAAGAAGACAAUCUUUACGUUCGAGUUUAGAAUAUCAUAAAAAUGUAUUUCGAAGAAAAGACGAAAAACAUGAAGUUUCAAUGAAAACUGCGGAAAAUGGAAAAAUUGUCGAACCUGAUGAUAAUCAGUCAAAAUUGUUAGGCGAUACACGAAAACAUUCCUUACGUUCAGCUUCAGACAAUGGUAGGAAAAAUUUACAAAGAAAAGAAGAAAAGCCUAAUUAUGUGACAGAAAAUUAUAGAAGAAAGAGCAUUCUCAAACUUGAUGAUAAUAAAACAAAAAUAUUGGGAGAUGAACGAAAACGUUUUCCACGUUUGAGUUCAGAAGGACAUUACGAAAAGAGAAUCAAAAUUGAUGAUAACAAAAGAGUAAGAAACAAACCUCUCCAAAUUCAUGAAGAACGGACCAAAGUCCCUGAUGAAAAGAUCAAUAAACAAAAUGAAGUUCUAGAUUCUAGACUCUCUGAGAAUAAACGAAAGUUUGUUGAAAGUCAAAAAAUUAUUUCUCAGUAUAAAAAGACUUCAAACGGAAAAAACCAUUACUAUGAUGGCAAUAAAUUAACCAAAGAUUCAGAAUUGAUAAACACAAAUAUAAUCAAUAAUGAUAUUAUAGAGAAAAUACUGGCAGAAGGUAAAACUUUCUCUCCAGAAGUAAAGGGUAAGAAUGAAAAGUACAAUAUAAUCAUUGAGGAAACUGGAUGCGAAGAAGAAGAAAGUGUUUCUAAGGAAGACGAUGAACGGAUACGGAAACAAAGAGAAAGAGAAGACAAAAAGAAACAAAUUCAGGCAUUUUCAAGAUAUUCGGAUCAGUCCAAAAAGGAGCAAUAUAGAACUAAAAUAAAUAAAGAUAAAAUUCAGAAGAAUGGGCCCACCAAUGUAACAUCUAUAAGUAGACAUCACCCUGAAGAUAAAAGUAGCAUCGGCAAAAACAAAGAAUAUCAAAAUAAUGAUCACCCAGCCGUAUUAAAAUCAGGAACUAUACCACAAUCUCGAAAUGAAAGUGAUAGAAGAUUGUUAGGAAAAAAGUUUGAAGGAAUAAAUGAUGAAGACUUUGCCAUCAUAAAAUCUAAUGCAGAGGAAAUUGUAGACACUGUACUAGAAAUAGGCGAAAAAGAAUACAAAUUAGCAAAUCGAAAGAAUCGAGAGAAUAUAAGAAAUAACAAACACCAGAAGAAUAAUGUAGAAAAAUCUAUCAAAACCGAUAUGGAACCAAGCAAAAACUUACUAUCAGGUGAAACUAGAGAAUCUGUGUCUAUCGAUUCGAAAUACCCCAACACAAAACAAGAUCUUAUCAAAACAAAUUCAAUAUCUAAGCCAAGCAAAAUUAGUCGACUUGAUCCAACUUUCUCGAAAUCGUCACAUCCGGAGAAAGAUAUCGAAGAUCACAAAUGUGAAGAAUCUAAACUAAAAGAAAAAAUAAUCUCUCAGUAUAAAGAGGCUUUGGAUGGCAAAACUCAUGUCUAUGAUAAAUCUAAAUUAAGCGAAGAUUCAGAAUUGAAAAACACGAAUAAGAUCGGUAAUGGUAUCAUGGAGAAAAAACUGGCAGAAGGUAAAAUGAAGCAUGAUUCGUCUUUUCCUCCAGUAGUAAAGGAUAAAAGCGAGAAAUACAAUAUAAUCAUUGAGGAAAAAGGAUCAGAUUUGAAAAAUUUCGAAAAAGAAAGAAGUAUUUCUAGGGAAGAUAAUGAACGGAUACGGAAACAAAAUGAAAUUAAAAAAAUUAGUCGAGAUGAUCCAACUUUCUCGAAAUCAACAUACUCGGAUCAAGAUAUGAGAAAUCAUAAAGUUGAAGAAUCUAAAAUAAAAGAAGGGACCAUUAUAGAUGAUCGAAAUAAAAUUGGAAAAAUUAGUCAAGAUGAUCCAACUAAGUCGAAAUUGAUAUAUUCGGACGAAGAUAUGAGAGGUCAUAAAGUUGAAGAUUCUAAAAUAAAACAAAGGAGCAAGAUGGAAGAAGAAUCUAAAAUAAAGGAAGAAAACAAGGUAGAUGAUAAAAAUAGAAUUGAAAAAAUUAGUCGAGAUGAUCCUAUUCUCUCGGAAUCAACAUAUUCGGAGAAAGAAAUGGGAGGUCACAAGCUUGAAGAAAUUAAAAUGAAAGAAGGAUGCAAGAUAGAUGAUCAAAAUGAAAUUAAAAGAAUUAGACGAGAAGAUCCAACUAACUCGAAAUCAGCAUAUUCAGAUAAAUAUAUGAGUGGUAAUAAGGUUGAAGAUUCCAAAAUAUCAGAAGGGAGUAAGAUAGAAAAAGAAUCUGAAAUAAAGGACACAAGCAAGGUAGAUGAUAAAAAUAGAAUUGAAAAAAUUAGUCGGGAUGAUCCAAUUCACUUGAAAUCAACAUAUUCGAAGAAAGACAUAACAGGUCACAAAUUUGAAGAUACCAAAAUGAGAGAGGAAAUCAAGAUAGAUGAUAAAAAAGAAAUGAAAAAAAUAAGUCCAGAUGAUCCAACUUUCACGAAAUCAACAUACUCGGACAAAGAUAUGAGAGAUCUCAAAAAGGAUAUGAGAGGCCACAAAGUGGAAGAAUCUAAAAUAAAAGAAGGAAGCAAGGUAGAUGAUCAAAAUAAAAUUGAAAAGAUUAGUCGAGAGGAUCCAACUCACUCGAAAUCAACAUUUUCGGAAAAAGACAUGAAAAGUCAAAAAGUUGAAGAAUCUAAAAUAAGAGAAGGAAUCAAGAUGGAUGAUUCGAAUAAAAUUGAGAAAAUUGGUCGAAAUGAUGCAACCUACUCGAGAUCAAUAUAUUCUGAAAAAGAUAUAAGAGGUCACAAAGUUGAAGAUUCCAAAAUAAAAGAGGUAAUCAAGGUAGAUGAUAAAAAUGAAAUUAAAAAAAUUAGUCGAGAUGAUCCAACUUACUCGAAAUCAAAAUACUCGGAGAAAGAUAUGAGAGGUCAAAAAGUUGAAGAUUCAAAAAUAAAAGAGGGAAGCAAGAUAGAUGAUAAAAAAGAAAUUAAAAAAAUCAGUCCAGAUGAACCAACUUUCGCGAAAUCAACAUACUCGGACAAAGAUAUGAGAGAUCUCAAAGUUGAAGAAUCUAAAAUAAAAAAUGGAAGCAAGAUAGAUGAUCAAAAUAAAAUUGAAAAAAUUAGUAGAGAGGAUCCAAAUUACUCGAAAUCAACAUUUCCGGAAAAAGACAAAAAAAGUCAAAAAGUUGAAGAAUCUAAAACGAAAGAAGGAAUCAAGAUGGUUGAUUCAAAUAAAAUUGAGAAAAUUGGUCGAGAUGAUGCAACUAACUCGAAAUCAAUAUAUUCGGAGAGAGAUCUGAGAGGUAACAAAGUUGAAGAUUCCAAAAUGAAAGAGGGAAUCAAGGUAGAUGAUAAAAAAGAAAUUAAAAUAAUCAGUCCAGAUGAUCCAACUUUCGCGAAAUCAAAAUACUCUGAGAAAGAGAUAAGAGGCAACAAAAUGGAAGAAUCUAAAAUAAAAAAUGGGAGCAAGAUAGAUGAUCAAAAUAAAAUUGAAAAAAUUAGUCGAGAGAAUCCAACCUACUCGAAAUCAAAAUACUCGGAGAAAGAUAUGAGAAGCCACAAAGAUGAAGAUUCCAAAAUAAAACAGGAAAUCAAGAUAGAUGAUAAAAAAGAAAUUAAAAAAAUCAGUCCAGAUGACCCAACUUUCGCGAAAUCAAAAUACUCCGAGAAAGAGAUAAGAGGCCCCAAAAUGGAAGAAUCUAAAAUAAAAAAUGGGAGCAAGAUAGAUGAUCAAAAUAAAAUUGAAAAAAUUAGUCGAGAGGAUCCAACCUACUCGAAAUCAACAUUACCGGAAAAAAAUAUGAAAGGUCAAAAAGUUGAAGAAUCUAAAAUAAAAGAAGGAAUCAAGAUGGAUGAUUCAAAUAAAAUUGAGAAAAUAAGUCGAGAUGAUGCAACUUACUCGAAAUCAAUAUAUUCUGAGAAAGAUAUAAGAGGUCACAAAGUUGAAGAUUCCAAAAUUAAAGAGGGAAUCAAGGUAGAUGAUAAAAAUGAAAUUAAAAAAAUUAGUCGAGAUGAUGCAACUUACUCGAAAUCAAUAUAUUCGGAGAAAGAUCUAAGAGGUCACAAAGUGGAAGAAACUAAAAUAAAAGAAGGUGGCAAGAUAGAUGAUAAAAAUAAAAUUGAAAAAAUUAGAGGAGAAGAUCCAACAUACUCGAAAUCAGUAUAUUCGGAGAAAGAUAUGAGAAGUCACAAAGUUGAAGAAUCUAAAAUAAAAGAAGGGAGCAAGAUAGAUGAUCAUAUUAAAAUUGAAAAAAUUAGAAGAGAUGAAUCAAAUUACUCGAAAUUAACAUAUUCGGAGAAAGAUAUGAGAGAACACAAAUCAGUAUAUUCGGAGAAAGAUAUAAGAGGUCACAAAGUUGAAGAUUCCAAAAUAAAAGAGGGAAUCAAGGUAGAUGAUAGAAAUGAAAUUAAAAAAAUUAGUCCAGAUGAUCCAACAUUCACGAAAUCAAAAUACUCGGAGAAAGAUAUGAGAGGUCAAAAAUUUGAAGAUUCCAAAAUAAAAGAGGGAAGCAAGAUAGAUGAGAAAAAAGAAAUUAAAAAAAUCAGUCGAGAUGAUCCAACUCACUCAAAAUCGAUAUAUUCGGAUAAAGAUUUGAAAGGUCACAAUGUUGAAGAUCUUAAAACAAAUGAAGAAAGUAAAAUAGAUGAUCAAAAAAUUAGGCGAGAUGAUGCAAUUAACUCGAAAUCAACAUAUUCGAAGAAAGAUAUGAGAGGACACAAAGUUGAAGAAUCUGAAAUAAAAGAACGGAGCAAGAUAGAUGAUCAUAUCAAAAUCGAAAAAAUUAGUCGAGAGGAUCCAGCUUACACGAAAUCAACAUAUCCGGAGAAAGUUCAAAAAGUUGAAAAAUCUAAAAUAAGAAAAGAAAUCAAGAUAGAUGAUCCAAAUAAAAUUGAGAAAAUUAGUCGAGAUGAUGCAACUUAUUCGAAGACAAUAUAUUUGGAGAAAGACAUAAAAAGUCAUAAAGUUGAAGAUUCCAAAAUUAAAGAGGGCAUCAAGGUAGAUGAUAAAAAUGAAAUCAAAAAAAUUAGUAGAGAUGAUCAAACUUUCUCGAAAUCAACAUACUCGGAGAAAGAUAUGAGAGAUCAUGAAGUUGAAGAUUCUAAGAUGAAGGAAGGAAGCAAGAUGGAUGAUCAAAAUAAAAUUGAAAAAAUUAGACGAAAUGAAUCAGCUUACUCGAAAUCAACAUAUACGGAGAAUAAUAUAACAGGUCACAAAGUUGAAGAUUCCAAAAUUAAAGAGGGAAUCAAGGUAGAUGAUCGAAAUGAAAUGGAAAAAAUUAGGCAAGAAUAUCCAACUAACUCGAAAUUGGCAUAUUCGGAGAAAGAUAUGAGAAGUCACAAAGUUGAAGAUUCUAAAAUAAAAGGAGGAAGCAAGAUAGAUGAUCAAAAUAAAAUUGAAAAAAUUAAACGAGAUGAAUCAACUUAUACGGAGAAAGAUAUGGGAGGUCGGAAAUUUGAAGAAUCUAAAAUUAAAGAAGGAAGCAAGAUAGACGAUCAACAUAAAAUUAAAAAAAUUAGUCUAGACGAUUCAACUUACUCGAAAUCAACAUAUACGGAGAAAGAUAUGAUAGGUCACAAAGUUGAAGAAUCGAAAAUUAAAGAAGUGCGCAAGAUAGAUGAUCAAAAUAAAAUUGAAAAAAUUAGACGAGAUGAAUCAACUUACUCGAAAUCAACAUAUACGGAGAAAGAUAUAAGAGUUCAGAAAUUUGAAGAAUCUAAAAUUAAAGAAGGAAGCAAGAUAGAUGAUCAACAUGAAAUUAAAAAAAUUAGUCGAGAUCAUUCAACACAUUUGAAAUCAACAUAUCAAGAAAAGGAUAGAAGAGGUCACAGAGUUGAAGAAUCUAAAAUGAAAGGAGAAAGCAAGAUAGAUGAUCAAAAUAAAAUGGAAAAAAAUAUUCGAGAUGAUUCAAAUUACGCAAAAUUACCAUAUCCAAAGAUCGAUGUGAUAGGUCAAAAAGUCGAAGAAUCCAGAAUAAAAGAAGGAAGCAAGAUAGAAGAUCAAAAUAAUAUCAAAAAAAUCACUCGAGAUGAUUUAACUCACUUGAAAGCAACAUAUCAAGAGAAGGAGAGGAGAGGUCACAAAGUUGAAGAAUCUAAAAUAAAAGCAGGGAGUAAGAAACAUGAUAAAACUGAAAAAGAAAAAGUUUUUGGAGAGGAUUCAACUUACUCGAAAUCAACAUAUCCUGAGAAUUAUUUGAGAGGUCACGGAAUGGAAGAAUCUAAAAUAAAAGAAGGAAGCAAGAUGGAUGAUCAAAAUUUAACCAAAAAAAUUAGUCGAGUUCAUCCAAUAUACUCGAAAUCAACAUAUAAGAGGAAAGAUAUGAGAGGCCACAAAGUUGAAGAAUCUAAAAUAAAAGGUGGAAGCGAGAUAGAUGAUCAAAAUAAAAUCGAAAAAAUUAGUCGAGUUGGUUCAACUUACUCGAAAUCGACAUAUUCAGAGAAAGAUAUGAGACGUCACAAAGUUGGAGAAUCUAAAAUAAGACAAGGAAGCAAGAUACAUCAUCAAAGAAAAAUUAGUAUAAUUACUGGAGAUAUUCCAACUUACUCGAAAUCAACAUUUUCGGAGAAAGAUAUGAGAGGUCCAAAAGUUGAAGAAUAUAAAAUAAAAGAAGGAAACAAGAUAGAUGAUAAAAAUGAAAUUGAAAAAAUUCGUCGAGGUGAUCCAACAUUCUCGAAAUCAAUAUAUCCGGAGAAAGAUAUGAGAGGCCAAAAAGAUGAAGAUUCCAAAAUAAAAGAGGGAAUCGAGAUAGAUGAUAAAAAGGAAAUUAAAAAAAUUAGUCCAGAUGAUCCAACUUCCGCGAAAUCAAAAUACUCGGAGAAAGGUAUAGGAGGUCACAAAGUUGAAGAAUCUAAAAUAAAAGAAGAAAGCAAGAUAGAUGAUCAAAAUAAAAUGGAAAAAAUUAUUCAAGAUGAUCAAACUCACUUAAAAUUACCAUAUCCGAAGAUAGAUGUGAUAGGUCAAAAAGUCGAAAAAUCCAGAAUAAAAGAAGGACGCAAGAUAGAAGAUCCAAAUAAUAUCAAAAAAAUCAGUCGAGAUGAUCCAACUUACUUGAAAUCAACAUAUCAAGAGAAAGAUAGGAGUGGUCAGAAAGUUGAAGAAUCUAAAAUGAAAGAAGGAAGCAAGAUAGAUGAUAAAAAUGAAAUUGAAAAAAUUAUUCGAGAUAAGUCAACUCACGCAAAAUUACCAUACCCGGAGAUAGAUAUGAUAGGUCAAAAAAUCGAAGAAUCCAGACUAAAAGAAAGAAGCAAGAGAAGGAAUAGAUCUCUUGCUGAACUUUCUGACGCAACUAGAUCGAAAUAUGCAAAAAACGAAAAAAACAAUAUCAUAAAACAAUUUGGAACAGAAAUGCCAAAAUCUAGAGAAAGAUCGAAAUUCAAUGAACACGAAAUGAAAUCAGUUUCAGGUCAUAAAGAAAAUGUUUUACGCGAUAUUGAAUUCACUUCUAUCAAGUUGGUUGACGAUAUUCUCAAAGAAAGUUUGAAAACUAUUCACAAAAAUAAUUACCCUCAUGUAAAGGAAAGGAAACGGAUUAAGAGUAGAAUAAAUAUAGAGGAUAUGGGCGUGAAUAAAGAAUUGGAGAGGAAUAAUACUGAUGAGCAGGGAGAACCAAAUAUCAUAAGUGGAUAUAAAAGUAUUCCAGAAAAAAAUGGUUCUCCUAAAGUAAAGGCUAAUGUGAUUGGUGAAGCAACUGAUAUUAAGAAUUUUGGUAAAUAUAGUGAUAUUCUCGAAGAUAUAUCUUUGGAUAAGGCUAUGGAAAUGGAAGAAAUUCUGAAAAAAUCUCCACCUAUUACCAAGAGAAAGUUGAUUGACACUGCAUAUAGGAAUCCUCGAACUGAAUCAUUGAAAUAUAAGAUAGUUGAGAUAGAAGAAACAUGGUCAUCAUCUUCCUUGAAAACUGAAGUUACAGAUAUUAGUAAACAAUUUUAUGAGUCUCAAUCAGAACAUCAAAGAAACUUGAGCAUUUUCAAACGCCAAAAUCGUUUCGGAAAGGGAAAGAGUAUCUACGUACCGAGUACGAAUCAAAUCCACGAAAAUGUUAAAAAGGACGGUAGUUACAUGUUGAAUACUUCGUUAGAAGAUGAGAUUAUAGAGAACUUCCCCUAUAGAGGAAUUGCAUUGAAAGAAGUUGAGAGUACUCACAACAUUUGUAAAUGUAUUGAAUAUAAUCCUUCAACACCGCAAAUUUCACAAUCUAAGUACGAUGAUAGUUCUAAAACAUCCCGCCUUGACAGUUCCUUCAAGACUGACACUCAAGAAAGAGAUUCAACGUAUUGGACUAUAACUGGAGAUGAUAUUGAUCAAGAAUCAUCAAUCAGGCUACCAUCUUCUUCGAACAGAUUGUCCAGAGAUCAAAUGAAACUCAGAAAAACCUCAACUCAGCCAUUAUCUAAUGUUCAUGGAUCAAAAUUACCAUCAACAGAAUCCAAUAUGAGUUCUAGAUUUUUUUCAGCCAAUGACAUUCCAUUUGAUAGAUCUUCAUGUGGAUGUCCCAUAACUGACAAAUCUCCCAAAGCAUAUGAAGAUGAGUGUUUCGAAUUAUGUUGCUCGAGAAAAGUAGAAAGUUUCCUUCGAGAUUUGUCUGAAAAUGGUAAUUCAUUUUCGAGAAAUCCUUGCGAAGAUUAUAUUGAAACAUGUAGGAGGAGUAUAAUGCAGAGCUUCAGCGAAAAGAAGAUAAAUCUUCGGAAAAUAUUAGAUGGUGAAUCAUCUUCAGAUUCGGAAGAAUGUUGUCAAAAAAUUGUAUCGAGUAUCAAGAAAACGGUCCCAAUGAAACGCAAAUGUGCAUCAGAAAAGUCUGUUCAGUUAAAAACACAUACAGAUAUUCUGGAAACAAAAUUUAAUUCAAUGAAUAUUUGUGAUAAUUUACCUUCUGACAUGAAAAAAAUCAAUGAAAUUUGCAAAUGGAAUUUGAGUACAGUUCAUAUAUGUUCCAGAAUCAAUAGCCUUCCUGAUUGUAUCACGAGUAGUACAAUAUCACAAUAUCGAUUUUUCAAAUUGAAGGAAAAUAUAGAUGAAGAAGACCAAAACUUCAAUAAAAUGUUAAAGAAAUCAACAUUAUCCUCUAAAUUAUCAAAUCGAUCUAGAAAAAAACCGAUGAAAACAAAUGAUGAAAACAUUAAGGUUCAAACGAAUAAAAUGCUAUCUCCAUUGCCAUUGAUGACUGGAAAGGAUGAUGCCUCCUGCAAUUUAAAUACAAGGAUCAUUGAAGCAAAUGAUGAUAAGAAAAAGAAUAUAUUCUUCAGAGGAGCGGAAUCUUUCAAUAGAGAGUUUAAUGCUCUAAAAUCUCUGUUAAGUGUUUCAAAGAUAUCCUGUGGCACGGUAAUGCAAAAUGAUUGUGAAACAGAUACUGAAAACGAAGAAAACCCUUACCGGAAUGAUCUAUUUCUGUAUUACGCCACUGUAGGGAAAGAUGAGGAACAACCUAAAAAAUCAUCUUAUAAGAAAGCGACCAAAAAAGUUUUUUCUUGGUUCAAAUCCUUCGGGAUGCCUGACAAGACCGUGGAAACGCCACGAAGAUCAGGACACAAAACUUUAUGUAAAGCCGAAAUCAAUUUAAUGAAACAACGAAAAGUGUUAAGGUCAAAACUACGAUAUCCAAAAACGAAAACAUCGAAACUAUACCUCCAUCUGAAGAACUACAAUCUCAUGAGAGACGAAAUCAAUAAACCUCCCGUUCCUAAAACCAUAGAGCCCAUUCUGAUGGAAAUCCCAUCCAGUGAAAUCAUAGCACCUGAUUAUAGGGAUGACUCUGACGAGGAAUCUUCCUCCGAAGAGGAAGAAGACGAGGAAGAAAUAGCAGAAAAAAAAAUGAUAGUUUUCUCGGAGGAUUCUUUGGUGCUCUUCGACAGGAAGAAAGUUUAUGAUCGGCUGCAAGAGUACGCAAAAUUAUACUACACUAUUUACUUCGACAACCGUGAUCUAGAUCACAUCUCUAUAAGAUCUGCGUCGUCUUUAGAAAACAUAAUAGAAUGUGAGGAUAGACCAUUCUAUUCCACUUACGAUGGCAAGAACGACAUUAGAGUGCAUGUCACAAAGGACGAGUGGGAAGAGAAGAAGAGAGAAGCUGUAUUCAAGAAUGAAACUCAUGUCGCAUGUCGAAACUCCCAAGUGAAACUGAGUUUGAUGAGGGGAAAGAGGUAUCUUUCACACUUGGAUCCUACCAAAGCGAAAAUAAUAGAGAUCGACUGCUCCAAUGAGCUGGGUGAAAUUAAGAUAUGCUACAAGAAGAGUGUACACAGCAAACCCUGCUUGUGCGAGCCUCCACAUGUCUGCAAAGCUAUUCAGUUGGAAUCUAGUGAGCUUUCGUCUAUCGACCUGAAUAAGGAGGAUAAAUCACUGGAUACCCAUGAACUUUGUGCAGAUUGUCGGGAAUGUUUGCAUAAACCCGAAACUUGCGAGAACUACGAAAAGUGCUUGGAAGAGGGCGUUUGUGCUAACAAGAAGAAAGUUAUUAUGUUCAACGAGAGCAAUGAAGACGUCCAGACGGUAGAAUUUUUCCAUGUUCCACGGGCUUACAGAUAUAGAAGAAAUCGAUACCCUUAUGAAGUUGCCGAUGACAAUAGUGAAGAAUUCGAAAGCUCAGAUGACAGCCUGGAAGAAACACUUCCACGUAGAUCAUAUAAAUAUGCUAAGAAGAGGUAUAACAGGAAAAGAAGAAAUAAUUAUCGUCAGAAAUAA